UCUUUAGCGGCUACUAUGGACGAUCAAGCCCGGAUCAUGCAGUCGAUCGGCGGUGUCAGUCUGGCUGGCCACUCGGUGCAAGGAGGCAUGGCACUGCCGCCUCCACAUGGACACGAUGGGACGGACGGAGACGGAAGAAAACAAGACAUUGGUGACAUUCUCCAUCAAAUAAUGACCAUAACUGAUCAGAGUCUGGACGAAGCGCAAGCAAAGAAACAUGGACUGAACUGUCACAGAAUGAAACCAGCACUCUUCAGCGUUCUCUGUGAAAUCAAAGAAAAGACAGGUCUCAGCAUCCGUGGUGCCCAGGAGGAGGACCCCCCAGACCCCCAGCUCAUGCGUUUAGACAACAUGCUGCUAGCGGAGGGCGUGGCGGGACCAGAGAAAGGUGGUGGAUCCGCCGCUGCUGCAGCUGCAGCCGCAGCCUCGGGCGGGGCAGCCGACAACUCCAUCGAACAUUCCGACUACAGAGCCAAACUCACCCAGAUCAGACAGAUCUACCACACAGAGCUGGAGAAGUACGAACAGGCAUGUAACGAAUUCACUACCCAUGUGAUGAACCUGCUGAGGGAGCAGUCUCGCACGCGACCCAUCUCUCCCAAAGAGAUUGAGCGCAUGGUGGGAAUCAUCCACCGCAAGUUCAGCUCAAUCCAGAUGCAACUGAAACAGAGCACCUGUGAGGCUGUCAUGAUCCUGCGCUCCAGAUUCCUUGAUGCCAGGCGGAAAAGGAGAAACUUCAGCAAGCAGGCAACGGAAAUUUUGAACGAAUAUUUCUACUCGCACCUCAGCAACCCAUAUCCGAGCGAGGAGGCGAAAGAGGAGCUGGCCAAGAAGUGCAGCAUCACAGUUUCCCAGGUAUCCAACUGGUUUGGCAACAAAAGGAUCCGGUACAAGAAAAAUAUCGGCAAGUUUCAGGAAGAAGCCAACCUGUAUGCUGCCAAGACUGCUGUAAAUGCAGCACACGCUGCAGCCGCUGCAGUGCAGAACAGCCAGGCCAACUCCCCUACCACACCUAACUCCGGAUUCCAGAUGAAAGAUGAAGAGUUUCAGCUGGAUUCUGCAGAGAGCAAAAACACUCUUUUAAGCAACAUGUUUACUGGUUCUUCAGGUUCUUUUAACCUCCCAAACUCUGGGGACAUGUUCUUGAGCAUGCAGAGUCUGAAUGGGGAUUCUUACCAAGGGGCACAAGUCGGAGCCAAUGUACAGUCACAGGUGGAUACCCUGCGCCAUGUUAUCAGUCAGACAGCAGGAUACAAUGAUGCUCUUGGGGGAAACACGAUGUAUAGUCCACAUGGCUUAAAUGCUAAUGGGGGAUGGCAAGAUGCAACGACUCCGUCUUCUGUAAUAUCUCCGACAGAAGGACCUGGAAGUGUGCACUCCGAUACCUCGAAUUGAUCCGCUAUUAAUGCAUCUUCGCCUCAAGCAGGGCAUGGACUCUUAAACUGGCUGACCAACUGCAGAGUGGAAAAAAAAUAAAAUAAAGAAAUUCACGACUGAUUCGUUUUCCUGUACCUUAAAAUUUCCCACAACCAUGCCACACAAAUUACAUCCUCCAUCAUGAACACCAAGUGUUUCCUGAUUGUUCAGUGUUUUCUUUCUGUCUUCAUAAAUCAACCGUAAUCACCACACCCUUAUUUGUUUGUCGUAGGAGUAAGCACACACAUGUACAAAUAGAGAAUAGCCCUCAGAUGUUACUCAGUAAACUUUCAGGAUAAUUAUCUCCUCUGAACUCAAAAUACUGGAUGCUACUUGUGUAUUUAACGUGACAUUUUAUGACAUUUUAAAUACCCAUUUGUUUGAUUCUUGAUUUAAUUACUACUCUCCAUUUUGAUAAUUGGGUUCUCUUUCGGUUCUUACAAUACAUAGAUUAAAGCAGCUGUUUCUUUGACUAUAAUGUGCUCACAAUCUUGUCCAGCAACUCAACAAUGCUACUGUUGACAGCUCAAUGGCAGCUUUGUAGUUCCUCUCAAGAUUUAUUUUCGCCUUACGGCUGUAUACAUUAGUACAAAGGAGUGACCAUUCAAAGUCUGGAACAUAAAGAAGUGUAAUUGAUUGCUUGACUAUAACAUGACACC